AUGUUUUACCGAAGUUCAAGACUGUCGGAGCUGGACAGCCGGGUCCAGGAGUUGCACCUGCAGGACCUGUCUCAGAUCCGGUCGGUGCCGGCCCCUGUGUCUCCCGGCGCCCCGGACCCCGUGGGGGAUGGGCCGUGCCGCGAAGGGCCCAUGCUGCGCAGCAACCAGCACUUGGUGGAGCUGAUUGAGCGUGUCAAGCCGGAGAUCGAGCUGCUGAGGCAGAAGUGCAGCACAGUGCGCAUGUGGGUGCAGCUGCUGAUCCCACGUGCCGAGGACGGCAACAACUUUGGGGUGUCGAUCCAGGAGGACACGGUCGACCAGCUGUGGACAGCGGAGAGCACAGCCGCCUCCUACCUGCGCCGCUUCUCCAACUACUACAGCACACGCGCCCGCCUGGUGGCCAAGAUGGUCAAGUACCCACAGGUGGAGGACUACCGGAGCACUGUGGCGGAGGUGGAUGAGAACGAGUACCUGAGCGUGCUCCAGAUCCUGCUGCACGUGCGCAACCAGUACGCCACCCUGCACGACGUCAUCCUCAAGAACAUCGACAAGAUCAAGAGCCCGCGCAGCUCCAACACCGACAGCCUGUACUGAGCCACUCGCCUGUUCACCUGCGGGGACCGGCCAGGGGCUGAUCGCAGGCCAGGGUGCACCCCACCCGGUCCCAGGCUUCGCCAAGGAGAAAGGACUGCACUUGGAAAGCAGAUU